AUGGCGAGGAGCCACGGGAAGUGGGCGGGCCGAAAACUCCGGGGGAGGACCCGCUCCUCGGGCGUCGCGGCGCAGAGGGGUCGCGGCUCCGCGGUGCUCGCGUGGCCGCGGUCUGCGAGGGAGAAGUCGGGGGCUGUGCAGCUGUGGACCGAUGGACGGAGCACGGGUUCGCCUCCCGUGCGGAGGAAAACCCUAGAAAUUUACUCGGUGGAGCUCAAUGGAGCUAUAGCCACGGAGAAAACCAGCAAGGAGGACAACCAGAAGUCCAAGGGCCUGAAGAACGUGCUCUGGAACCACAAAAAGAACCGCCAGAAAGAAGAGAUUACGGGCAAAGCUGAUCUGGAUGACCACAAGCUCAGUAGUGAAGACCUGGAAAAGAAAUACGGAACCAACAUUGUGACGGGACUCUCUGGAGCAAGAGCAGCAGCUCUCCUGGCUCGGGAUGGACACAACACCCUCAGCCCUCCCAAGGAGACCCCGGAGACUGUCAAGUUCCUCAAGCAGAUGGUGGGGGGCUUCUCUGUCCUCCUGUGGAUGGGAGCCAUUCUGUGCUGGAUCACAUAUGGGAUUCAAUACUCCCAUGACCGGUCCUCAUCCCUAGACAAUGUGUAUUUGGGUGCUGUGCUGGCUGUGGUGGUUAUUCUGACGGCCAUGUUUGCCUACUACCAAGAGGCCCAAAGUACCAACAUCAUGGCCACCGUCAGUAAAAUGAUUCCUCGGCAAGCUCUUGUCAUCCGAGACGGGGAGAAGAAGACAAUCCCCGCAGAGCAGCUGGUGGGGGGGGACAUAGUAGAGAUUAAAGGAGGAGACCAGAUUCCUACAGACCUCAGAUUGCUGUCUUCUCAGGGGUGCAAGGUGGAUAACUCUUCACUCACAGGGGAAUCAGAGCCCCUGUCCUGGUCCUGUGAUUGCACCCAUGACAAUGCCCUGGAAACAAAGAACAUUGUCUUCUAUUCUGCAGCCUGUCUGGAAGGCUCAGCAACCUGCAUGGUCAUCACCACGGGUGACAGCACCGUCAUCGGAAUUGCCUCCCUGGCUUCAGGAGUUGGAAAUGAGAAGACCCCCCUUGGUUUUGUUCAUAUUGUGGCAGGAGUGUCCAUCUUCAUUGGCAUGAUUUUCUUCAUCAUCACUGUAUCCAUGAAGUAUCCUGUCCUGGACUCCAUCAUCUUCCUCAUCAGCAUCAUUGUCGCCAAUGUGUCCGAGGGUCUCCUGGCCACUGUCACCGUGAGUUCAUGCUGCUACGUAGCCACCAACUUUUCCUAUCCCCUGACGCUGUUAACACUUAACAUCUAUGCUAGGGAAGCUUCCACAAAGUACCAUCUUCCCUAGCUUUACAGUGAAAUGUCUGUCCCAUCACAGACAGCACUGGGACAUUGUGAAUAGCUUCCUGCUUAGAAGGAUGAAAGGCAAUUGUGAUAUUUUUAAUAUUGGAAGGCAUUAUCCUUGAAUGUUUUUUACAUUUUAAAAUCACUUUAAUAGCUCAGAUGUUCACAAUUGGAAAAGGUUAAAUCACGUACAUUAGAGCAUGAGAGAACAUCGAAACAUCAUUUUAAAAGAGCAUUUAAGGAUAUCACAAAAUGUUUCCAGCACAACAGUAAUUUCAUUUGUUUCCUUAUAGUCCUUUGAUUAAAGUUCUCCAAAUGCUGCUUGUAUAAUAUAACUUUGUAAGCUUGAAUAUAGUUUCCAUCUUAUUUGUCUAGCACACAAUGAAAAUGCCUGUCAUUAGAAUUGGGUAUUGAUUAACGGUUUUCUUGUCAAGUGCUCUGCCUCAUCCAGAUGAUUUGCCUUUGUCUCUGUCCUGUUUCAGACCUAAUAAAUGUGCCUCUGUCGAAUACA